UUAUUGAAAGAUUGUAGAGAAUAUUUUGGAACAGAUAAUCUGUACAAAGUUCUCCAUGUCGAUAAGAAAGCAUCAGAAAAAGAAUUAAAGAAGGGUUAUCAUCGUCAGUCUUUAAAAGUUCAUCCAGACAGAGUAGAUGAAAAUGAGAAAGAAGAAGCUACAAUAAAAUUCCAAACAUUAGGUCGUGUUUAUAAUAUUCUUUCUGACCCAAGUCAAAGAGAUAUUUAUGAUGAAACUGGAGAUAUUGAUGAAGAAAAUGAUGUGACUCAAGACAGAGAUUGGUACGAUUAUUGGAGAUUAUUGUUUCAACAGAUUACCAUGAAGGACAUCAAGAAUUAUAAACAAAAAUAUCAAGGAUCUGAAGAAGAAUUAAAAGAUUUAAAGGAAGCCUAUGUGGAAUCUGAAGGUGAUAUGGGUGUUAUUAUUGAUAGUGUUUUAUGUGCUUCUAUAGAGGAUGAACCUAGAUUUGAACAAAUUUUGAAAGAUCUCAUUAAAAAGAAGGAAUUACCAAAAUUUAAAAACUUUACCAAUGAAAAGAAGUCCAAGAAAUCUGCUAGAAAACAAAAGGCUGAUGAAGAGGCUAAAGAAGCUGAAGCUCAUGCUAAAAAAUUAGGUAUUAGUGAUGAAGAUUCAUUAACUGCUUUAAUCAAAAAACGUCAACAGUCCAGAAAGGCUUCCUCUGAUGACUUUUUUGCUCAGUUGGAAGCUAGGUAUGCUGAGCCGGCCAAGAAAGCU